UCACUGCGAAUCAACGCCAGUACUCUAUUUCCCAGAGUUCCCCGGUUUCGGCCUUAGUGGACUGUUACUCCUCUGAGGUGGGAGACUUCGGGGCCAAGAUGGCGACAGGAACUGGCAAACACAAGCUGCUGAGCACUGGCCCCACAGAACCAUGGUCCAUCAGAGAGAAGCUGUGCUUAGCAUCUUCUGUCAUGAGGAGUGGGGAUCAAAACUGGGUAUCAGUUAGUAGAGCGAUCAAACCCUUCGCAGAACCUGGCCGCCCUCCAGACUGGUUCUCUCAAAAACAUUGUGCUUCUCAAUACUCGGAGCUUCUAGAGACCACUGAGACUCCAAAGCGGAAACGAGGUGAAAAAGGAGAAGUGGUGGAAACUGUUGAAGAUGUCAUUGUUCGGAAACUAACUGCUGAGCGAGUUGAGGAACUAAAGAAAGUGAUAAAAGAAACCCAGGAAAGAUACAGACGACUAAAGAGAGAUGCAGAACUAAUUCAAGCUGGACACAUGGACAGCAGACUGGAUGAGCUUUGCAAUGACAUUGCAAUGAAGAAGAAAUUGGAGGAGGAGGAGGCUGAAGUAAAAAGGAAGGCUACAGAUGCUGCAUAUCAGGCUCGUCAAGCAGUAAAAACACCCCCUCGGAGGUUACCUACUGUGAUGGUCCGCUCUCCUAUAGAUUCUGCCUCCCCAGGAGGUGAUUAUCCACUUGGGGACUUGACUCCAACCACUAUAGAAGAGGCCACCUCUGGGGUAACCCCCGGGACUUUGCCGAGUACCCCAGUCACCUCGUUUCCUGGGAUUCCUGACACCCUUCCUCCAGGCUCUGCACCCUUAGAAGCCCCCAUGACCCCAGUAACAGAUGAUUCACCCCAGAAAAAGAUGCUUGGACAGAAAGCAACUCCACCCCCCUCCCCUCUGCUGUCAGAGCUCUUGAAGAAGGGCAGCCUCUUGCCUACUAGCCCCAGACUGGUCAAUGAGAGUGAGAUGGCUGUGGCUUCUGGUCACCUGAACAGUACUGGUGUCCUCCUGGAGGUAGGCGGGGUCCUUCCCAUGAUACAUGGUGGGGAGAUACAGCAAACACCCAAUACUGUUGCAGCCUCCCCUGCUGCCUCAGGUGCUCCCACUCUUUCCCGGCUUUUAGAAGCUGGUCCUACACAGUUCACCACACCUCUUGCUUCCUUCACUACUGUUGCCAGUGAGCCUCCAGUUAAACUUGUGCCACCCCCUGUAGAGUCUGUGCCCCAGGCUACCAUUGUCAUGAUGCCUGCGCUGCCAGCACCAUCCUCUGUUCCGGCUGUCUCCACUCCUGAAAGUAUAGCUCCAGCGAGUCAGCCUGACACCUGUGUUCCCAUGGAGGCUGUGGGGGAUCCACAUACUGUGACUGUUUCCAUGGAUAGCAGUGAAAUCUCCAUGAUUAUUAAUUCUAUCAAAGAAGAGUGUUUUCGAUCAGGGGUAGCAGAGGUCCCUGGAGGAUCAAAGGCUCCUAGCAUAGAUGGGAAGGAAGAUUUAGAUCUGGCUGAGAAGAUGGAUAUUGCAGUGUCUUACACGGGUGAAGAGCUGGACUUUGAGACUGUUGGAGACAUCAUUGCCAUCAUUGAGGAUAAGGUAGAUGAUCAUCCUGAGGUGCUGGAUGUAGCAGCAGUGGAAGCAGCACUGUCAUUUUGUGAAGAAAAUGAUGAUCCCCAGUCUCUGCCUGGUCCCUGGGAGCACCCUAUGCAGCAGGAGCGGGACAAGCCAGUACCUCUACCUACACCAGAGAUGACGGUCAAGCAAGAAAGACUAGACUUUGAGGAAACAGAAAACAAGGGAAUCCAUGAACUGGUGGACAUCAGGGAGCCAAGUGUCGAGAUCAAGGUGGAACCUGCAGAACCAGAGCCAGGCAUUUCAGGGGCUGAAAUAGUAGCUGGAGUUGGUCCAGCUACAAGUAUGGAGCCACCAGAACUUAGGAGUCAGGACAUGGAUGAGGAACCCAGAAGUACUACAACUGGAGAGAUUGCUGAAGCAGAUGUUGCCAGUGCGAAAGGCAAUGAGACUCCAUUAACAACUGUGAAGACAGAGGCAUCUCCUGAAAGCAUGUUGUCUCCAUCACAUGGCUCAAAUCCCAUUGACGACCCUUUAGAGGCAGAGACUCAGCACAAAUUUGAAAUGUCAGACUCAUUGAAAGAAGAAUCAGGGGCUAUUUUUGGAAGCCAGAUAAAGGAUGCUCCAGGUGAGGAUGAGGAAGAAGAUGGAGUCAGUGAAGUGGCCAGCUUGGAGGAGCCAAAGGAAGAAGAUCAAGGAGAAGGCUAUUUGUCAGAAAUGGAUAAUGAGCCCCCUGUGAGCGAGAGUGAUGAUGGUUUUAGCAUACAUAAUGCUACGCUGCAGUCACACACACUGGCAGACUCCAUCCCCAGUAGCCCUGCUUCGUCACAGUUUUCUGUCUGUAGUGAGGAUCAAGAAGCUAUUCAAGCACAAAAAAUCUGGAAGAAAGCCAUCAUGCUUGUAUGGAGAGCUGCAGCUAAUCAUAGGUAUGCCAAUGUCUUUCUGCAGCCUGUUACAGAUGACAUAGCACCUGGCUACCACAGCAUUGUUCAGAGGCCUAUGGAUUUGUCAACUAUUAAGAAAAACAUUGAAAAUGGACUGAUCCGUAGCACAGCUGAAUUUCAGCGUGACAUUAUGCUGAUGUUUCAGAAUGCUGUAAUGUAUAAUAGCUCGGACCAUGAUGUCUAUCAUAUGGCAGUAGAGAUGCAACGAGAUGUCUUGGAGCAGAUCCAGAGCAAUUAUUGUGAAACCAUGGAUAAGUCAAAAAUUCGUGUUAUUUUCGAAUAUGAGUUCCAUCAUGGAACCAGUGCAACACAGACAGCUCAAAAUAUCAACAAAGUAUUUGGGAAGGAUGUGGCUAAUGACUGUAUAGUAUGUCAGUGGUUUGAGAAGUUCCAUUCUGGUGAUAUUAAUCUUGAAAAUGAGCCACAUGGGGUACUUUUGACCAAGGUGGAGAAUGAUGUGCUGAAAACUAUAGUGGAAGCAAAUCCAUCUCAAACCAUGGGUGAAUUAACAGCAAGAUUUGACAUUACUAUUCCAAAAAUUUUGGACCACUUGAGACAAAUUAACAAAGGAAAGAAGCUGGAUAGAUGGGUUCCACAUGAAUUAGCGUCAGAAGAAAAAGCAUCUCAAAGCUUCCCUUUCUUUGCUGUCAUGACAUAAAGUUGAACUAUUUCUACACCAUAUUGUGAUGAAGAACACAUAACAUUCCUUUUGGCAAUUGCAAGCAUUCGUCAUAAUGGUUGGAUAGAGAUGAAGUGCUGAAAUGUAGUCCAAAACCAAAUAUUCAUCAAAAACAAAAGCUAAUGGUGUCUGUUUGGUGGUCCAGCACUGGUAUUAUCCAUUACAGCUUAAUGAAACCUGGUCACUCAAUUACAGUAGAUGUGUACUGCAUCCAACUGGACAACAUGAUGAGGAUGCUUGCAGUUAAGCAGGCAAGAUUGGCCGAUAGAGACAGGCCAGUUCUCUUGCAAGACAAUGCUAAACCACAUGUUGCAUAGUCAUCGCUGCUCAAACUAUAGAAGCUGGACUUGGAAACUCGCUGUCAUCAACUGUAUUUACCAGACCGUAUUUACUACCACUUCCAGGCUUUGGACUACUUCUUGCAAGGAAAAAUAUUCAGUUCUUAUUAACAAGCUAUGGAAAUGCCUUUUGCAAUUUUAUCACCACUUGCUCUGUAGGCUUUCUCACUGCUGGCAUAAAUAAACUACCAUUGAGAUGGCAAAAUUGUCAAUACUUCAGGUGCAUACUGUGGUUAAUUGUACUGCUGCUUGCUUGAGAUAUAAUAAACUAUUGAUUUGGAAUCGGACAUUUCAUAUUUAAUGACCUAAAUAUAUCUUUGCAUAAUCUGCCAAAUUACUGAAAUUUCUGAAUACCUUUGGUUCAUCCCAGUUUUAUCCUUUUUCUUAUUCUUAGAUGAUAGAGAUUUUGAUCCUGUAUUAUAGCCUUUAUUGUAGCAAAAAAAUUAGGACUAUUUGGUAUUUUCAGAGUCUUUCCCGUGUGCCUGUUACAACUAGAAUUAAAACCUAACAUGCUGGGCAGCGCCUAUGGCUCAGUGAGUAGGGCGCCAGCCCCAUAUACUGAGGGUGGUGGAUUCAAACCCAGCCCCGGCCAAACUGCAGCAAAAAAUAGCCAGGCGUUGUGGUGGGCGUCUGUGGUCCUAGCUACUCGGGAGGCUGAGGCAAGAGAAUCGCCUAAGCCCGAAAGUUGGAGGUUGCUGUGAGUUGUGAAGCCAUGGCACUCUACCAAGGGCAACAAAGUGAGACUCUGUCUCAAAAAAAAAAAAAAAAACCAACCCAACAUGCUAAGCUUCCAAUCAUUCCAAAAACACUUGCAUAGAAGGGUAGUCUACAAAGUUCUAUUUACAAAGCCUAAAGUGUCAUAAUUCUUCCCUACUGGAUUAGGUCUCUAUGGCCAACCCUGUUCCUU